CAUCAUCAACUCCCGAAGCACGAAAUAAACAAGAAAAAUGGCGGACAAGAGUUCACCUCCUCCGCAAGUGAAGAUAGGGCAUUAUGUUUUGGGUGACACUCUGGGCAUUGGCACGUUUGGAAAAGUUAAAACUGGAACACACAUCAAGACUGGCCAUAAAGUUGCAGUGAAAAUCUUAAACAGACAAAAAAUUAAAAAUCUUGAUGUUGUUGGAAAAAUCAGAAGAGAAAUCCAAAACCUCAAACUGUUCAGACAUCCACAUAUUAUUAAACUAUACCAGGUGAUCAGCACUCCAACUGACAUUUUCAUGGUAAUGGAAUAUGUCUCUGGAGGAGAAUUGUUUGAAUACAUUGUCAAACAUGGCAAGCUGAAGGAAUCUGAAGCACGGAGGUUCUUCCAACAGAUUAUCUCAGGUGUUGAUUACUGCCACAGGCACAUGGUGGUACACAGAGAUUUAAAACCAGAAAAUCUUCUUUUGGAUUCCAGCCUCAAUGUUAAAAUUGCUGAUUUUGGUUUGUCCAAUAUGAUGACUGAUGGAGAAUUUCUUCGUACCAGUUGUGGGUCUCCAAAUUAUGCUGCUCCGGAAGUUAUUUCUGGAAAAUUGUAUGCAGGCCCUGAGGUGGACAUCUGGAGCUGUGGAGUCAUACUAUAUGCCUUACUUUGUGGAACUUUGCCAUUUGAUGAUGAGCAUGUACCAACUUUGUUUAGAAAAAUAAAAUCUGGCAUUUUCCCAAAACCUGACUAUUUGAAUAAGUCAGUAUUGGACUUGAUAGAGAAAAUGCUGCUUGUAGAUCCAAUGAAGCGAGCUACCAUAGCCACUAUUAGGGAGCACGAGUGGUUUAAGAUUGACCUGCCAUGUUAUCUAUUCCCUGAAACAAGUGGCCAUGAUUUGUCAGAUAUUGAUGAUGAAGCCAUCUUUGAAAUUUGUGAGAAAUUCCAAUGCACAGAAGCUGAAGUCAUAGCUGCCCUGGAAUCUGGAGACCCACAUGACCAGCUGGCCAUAGCUUAUCACCUUAUGGUGGACAACAAGAGGAUGGAAGAUCUCACUUCUCAGAUGGAGAUGAAGGAGUUCUACCUGGCAUCUAGUCCACCUACAGAGUCCUUCAUGGUGAAUGCCAGUCCUGUCAAACCGCACCCAGAGAGAAUGGCAGCCCCAACAAAUUUGACAGUUACAUUGGACCCCCAGGCAGAGACCAAGAAGGCUGCAGCCAUAGGCAAAAAAGCUAAGUGGCAUUUAGGUAUACGGUCACAGAGCAAGCCACAGGAUAUCAUGCAUGAAGUAUUUAGGGCAAUGAAGCAGUUGGAUUUUGAAUGGAAGAUAAUUAAUCCCUUCUAUAUUCGAGUUAGAAGAAAAAAUCCAGUGACAGGAAGAUAUGUGAAAAUGGCCUUGCAACUGUACCAAGUAGACCACAAGAGCUACCUGUUAGAUUUCAAAAGCCUCUCAAUAGAACAUGAAACAGCUGAUGUUUCUCCGACAAUUAAUCCACCAAACACAGGGGAAGGUAUGGUAACCCUUGAAGAUGAGUUUGGGCUUCCUAGCCCACGUGGUAUGGUUGAACGUAUGGACUCCGAAGAUGACCCAGUUUCAUCACCAUCAGGUCAAGUUCACCAGACUUUGGAAUUCUUUGAAAUGUGUGCAGCUUUAAUAACCACACUGGCUCGCUGAAAACUGGGCUUGCCAUGUGGUGAACUGUUUUUUUUUUUUCUUUUUUUUUUUUUUUGUACUACAGGUAUACUUAAUAUGUAUCUUUCCAUUUAAAGUAAACUCUACAUUUAAAGGAGUAUAGACGAAUUAACUGCCAAGAUGGAGGUCAAUACAGGUCAAGUGCUGAAGGAAGAAUUAGGAUUUCUGGACUAUUAUAAGUGAAACAAGGAAACGACUGAAUCCCUUAUAUGCCACAUAUUUCAUAAUGAUCAGUACACAGUAUAUGUCAUGACCCAUUUCUAAUUUUUUUGUGUGGAAGGUAAUAGAGAUCAAAAAGAGGAAAACACGUGGUUUCUUGUUGCGCUUGGCUUGCGGUAAUAUAUGUAUUCUUCCACAGGAGUGGAUAUUUGAGCCAGUUGAAGUCGGUAUUAAACUGUGUAUAUAUUUCGUUAAAAUAAUCCAGCUUUGAAAUUUUUUGAUGGCUGCAUGGACCAAGUCAUUUAGGAAAUUAUUCCAUAUUUUGUACACCAAAAUCUUCCAUAACAUAAAAAAAUAUAUUCAUUGCUUCAUAAUUUUGUUAGUGGUGCUGAAAAAUUAGAAUGAGUAUGGUCACUAACAAUGUACCUCCAAGUAAUUACUGGCAAUUUUCAUAGUGUACCAUGUCUCUAUAUAAUGUUGGAGUGGGACCUUGAUUUUUUGGGGAAAAGAAUGGCGCACAGCUAUGCCUGUCUUUAAUGGUGAUUUUGAAGAAGGUUUGUUGACAGAUGCAUUCAAGGACGUAUAUGUGUCAGCGGUUACGAGCCUGAGUAAUGGUUGCUGUUUUGAUUUAACAUACUACGCUGCAUGUUUUAGCAAGAAAACGACUGUAUCAAUUAUAAUAUCAAAAAAUAAAAGUGUGCAAUAUAAAGUUGUCAAUGG